AUGCACUCGGACGGAGGUCAAAGAGGUUCAGGCCUCGUCGGUCAGCGAGGCUACAGCACCUGUCGGCGAGACAGGUGGAGGCUCAUGAGCUUCGCCUGCUGUUCCGCCAUGGUUUCGACAUCCUGGAUCGCUUCAGACAAAUUGGCUUGGUGUUUUGGUGGUGGAGGGAUGGCUUCGCGAAGCUGCGCGAGAGCCCACCUUCAACAACGGCAACUUUUUGGUGGAUUUCUGGACCCGAGCGACUGGCAGCGAGACAGCUUUGUUGGGGAGUCUUUGAGUCUGUGGCUGCCUUCGUAUCCGCCAAAGACAGAAGUCGUUGCGCUGGCAGUCGAACCUUCCAGCGACAGGUAUUGGUCGUAUCUGAAGCCAGAGAAAUGCAAGUGGUAUAUGGACAAGAUCGUGGCGGUUGGCGAGAAAGUUGGUGAUCUGGAAGAGAGAACUUUGAUGUUCAUGAAAGCCGUGCGCUCCCCGUCUGACCUGCUUCGCAUGGCAGCGCUGAUUUCCACAGACUCCGACGACGCAGACUGCGAACGACAUGGGUGUGCUCCCAGUGUGUGCCUGUGGAUCUUCGGAAAGACUCGUGUCGAUGACUGCGUCUACUGGGCGGCGCUAAGGCGGAUGUUCCUUAUGCUCAAGGACAUCGCAGAUCUGGUGUGCAUCACGUACACGUUGUUUGCUGGUUGCAUUGCCUCUCUUGGUUUGCAAGCAGAUUGGCGCAACGGGUCUGCUUGGUAUGCUCUCCUAUAUAGCGAGCUGUUUGUGCUCGCAUUGCUUCUCGCAUGGCUGCAGAAAGCUCUUCAUCUCCUGUCAGCAAUGCCUCGCAGCGAGGUUUUCCGCGAGGUUUUGGGAAGACUUUUGACGUGGCGGGUACAUCAAGCGAUGGGAAUUGCUUCACUCGGUCUUCGUGAUCCUGGUCUUGUCUUGGUGUCCUGGUUGGUCUUGUCCGCUCUCACGGAGGCCGCUGGAAGUGCAAUCGACAGCUUUGUCAAGGCGACUUCUGACCGAAAGAACGCUGGAGAAGAGCUCCUCAUAAGGAAACAGCGUUCGGAGCUGUUGCGCUUGGUACAGACAGUGGCAGCCGACACUCUGGCAAUCCCAAUCGGAGACUUGCCACUGGCGGCUCCUCUCGGUGCCGACUCAGCGACGGCGGUGCGUUUCAGUGUCGCCUUGGAGAAGGAGCUGGAAGCAGAUCUUGCCGGAAAGCGACUUCCGGCGACGCUCCUCUUCGACUUCCCUACCUUGACCGAGAUUGUGGAGGGCCUUCCAGAACUCGCUGGCAAACCUGCGAAGCCAGUCCAUGUACAGCAGGUUGGGUCCGCGGAUCUCCUCAUCUCGGCUUUCAGUUGUGAGCUGCCUGGGGCGAGCGACUUGCAGGAGCUUUGGCCAAGACUGCAAACAGAGGUGGAUGAUGUUCAGGAAGUUCCUAUCCGUAGGUGGGAUUGGGCUGAUGCCGAGAUCCCUGGUGCUCGUCACGGUAGUUUUCUCGAAGGGGCAGACCUUUUCGAUGCAUCUUUCUUUGGCCUUCAGUCAGCGGAAGCACAGGCCAUGGAUCCGCAGCAACGACUGCUGCUGCGCACAAGCUACGAAGCCCUGGCCCAGUCUGGACAUGACAAGGGAACGUUGCUCGGAGCCCCGUACGGGGUGUUUGCCGCAGUAAGCAACCAGGACUGGUACAGCUGGUCGUUCAGCCAGGAGCACGGCCCGACCAGCGUAUUUGCAGGUACUGGGGUCGCUGCAGCUCUGGCUGCAAAUCGUAUAUCGUUCUCGCUGGGUCUUCGCGGGCCCAGUAUGACGAUCGACACUGCGUGUUCAUCUUCGCUGACAGCUCUCUCAGCAGCAUCGGCGCAGCUGCAGCGUCCAGCUGCUUCAGGUCGAGCAUCUCGCCGGCGCAUCCGGGAGUCUGUUGCAGCAGGGUGUGAGCUUCUGCUGGGCCCAAAACCCAUGCAACUGCGGCAUGCUGCGGGGAUGCUUUCGCGAUGCUCUGAGCCUGCACAGACGGUCAACCGGCCGUUGCAAGACCUUCAACUCAACCGCAGACGGCUACGUCAGGGGCGAAGGCUGUGGAGCUGCUGUGCUUACAAUAGAUGA